UGAAUUGUAUUUGAACAGGGUGGCCGAAUUGUAAUGAGUAAAAUAGUUUAUAAAAUUCAUUGUAAAUGAAUUUGUCAGUGAUUUAUUAUAAUGAAUACUAGAAAUAUUGAUCUUUUACCUCAAUUUGAAUCUGCUUUUACUGAACAAAAGUGGGACAAAUUGUUAACCCUCCUUAACCCUAAAUCGUUUGGAACUCUUCAAUCGGAGGAGGUGAUAGCUUUUCCAAUCGUAGCCAAAACUGCAGAAAUUCUUACAACAAAAGAUCUUCAUGUCCCGAACAAUAUAAAGAUCGCAUGUUUGAAAUGCUUGGGAAAUACUUGUUUUAAUGCCUAUACACAUAGGGAAUAUAAAUCAAUUGAUAUUCAACCUGGAAUGUGCUGUCAUGAAUUAUAUUCCAGUUUAGUUACAAACAAUGGAAGUUUGAAACACAUAGGAAGCUUAAAUUCUUAUCCAUUCCAUUCACAUUUUCCUUAUGAAGGAAUUAUAAAAUGGACAACAGACCUCAUCAAGUCGUGUAAAAUUGACGAAGAUACAACAGACGAACAAAUAGAAAUACUUAGAUUAAGUAUUCAAUUUUUAUGCAAUUUAUUCUCAUUUGCAUACAAAGAUAAAAGCUCCCUGGAUGAACAUAAUAUUCCCAAAUUUUUAUGCGACCCUACUUUGAAAGAUAUAAUAAGAAAUUUAACUCAGUCAGAGCAUACUCCACUUGUUAGAGUUUCAUGUAUAUUUAUUCACAACGCCUUGAAAGAAUUCCAAGGUCAGAGUUUUACGAACCAAGAGAAAAUCCUAUUGUGUUCGCAACUUUUGAAACCAAUUAAAGAAGGCUUCGAUAGUGCAAAGAAAGCUCUGAUGAAUCUAAUUUGUCAAGCAGAUGUACUAAAGAAUGCAUACAAUGAUUUAAGUGUUGAGGAUAGAUUAUAUUUAUUGGAAAUGGUAUAUAGUGAAAUCUCUGAUGCCUUCUAUAGUUCUAAGGAGGAGCUUCAAUUUACGGAAGACAUAUUUCUAUUUCUAUCUGAAAGAUUUUGUAAAAUGAGUGACUUAAUCUUGAAAACCGCUGAUUCGUACUUAGACAAUAUGGAGCCAACAGAAAUCAUUAUCCUUCUUGAUAUUCUUGGGUCUGUGACCUCUGCAUCAUACUUAAAGGAUAAUAGAUCUUUACUUAUUAAUUGUACAUAUCUUUUGAAAUCUAUACAGGAGAUUGGGAAAGCAUCAAAUAACUACUUCACUCCGAUGCAAAAGCUUAGCGAUGUAGCUCAAAUGAUGCAAAAUUCCAAAAUCAAUGAAUCAGAAGAAAAUCCAACCAUGGAGAAACUUCAGAAAACUGAAAACAAAGGAACAGAAGAGAAGAGAGAUUUAGACGGUCACCCUGCUUUUGGUUUCAAAGCCGGGUUGAUAAGAAUUAUUGGAAAUAUGGCGCACAGGAACGAAAAGCUUCAAGACCUGCUCCGUGAAAUGGACGUGAUACCUCUGCUCCUGGACUGUUGCAAUAUAGACGCGAGAAAUCCCCUUAUAAUGCAAUGGACGAUCUUCGCGGUGCGGAAUUUAUGCGAGGCUAAUCCGGGGAAUCAAGAGAUCGUUCGGAAUUGCUCCAGGAUCGGAGUCGUCGAGAACAACGUGCUGCAAGAAAUGGGCAUGACGCUGCACGAGGACGAAACUGGUCGGCAAGUUGGCGUCGUGCCUCUGGUUCGUCACGAGUAGACUGCCAAUUGGAAACGUUUUCCACCCAGGCUAACCGAAUAUAACAUAAUAUAUUCGAUUGUUCUAAUGUUUUUUUAGUAUUUUAACCCUUUGCACUCGAAGCCAUUUUAACUGUAAAUCUGAAUUAAUUUUUCCGACUUAUGGUAUUUCCAUUUUAUACGACAAAGUGCAUUCUACGCGUAUGAAAUCUAUAGUUUCGCGACUCGUAUAACAGUUAGAUUUUUAACAAUUUUUUUACGUCUAGACUUUUAUAAUAUAAAAAUUAUCUUGGAACGUGAUGUAACAAUUUUUUAAUGGCGCCUCAGAGUCACCACUUGAGUGCAAAGGGUUAAGUUUCAGCUGUUCCUUUCUAUUUGCCUAUUCAUAUAUCACUAGUCUACUGUAAAAACGAGAUGUACGAAAUGGCAUUAUAUUAAUGAACAUCUUUAUGCGGAAUAGAAGUUUUGCAGAUCAGUUGCAAAAUAAUUUGCUUUAAUAAUUUUCAUUGAAUUAAAUAAAUUGAAAUUAGUACACCAACGUUCUUAGCUUCUUCGAAACUCGUCGAUGUUUCAAGCUUCAUACACCUAUUUCUCGCCAUAAUCGCAUUUUCGCAGUCUGAUAAUGAAUCUAUUGGGAUAAAAGUAGACAAUCCUACGAAUAGAAAAUUAUACUCUAGUGCCUUUUAUUUACACGAUCCAUCCAAAAAAAAAGUAAAACGCUAGUGUUUAUGUUGUAACGUACUCGCCACGAACUUGAAGCAACAAUGCAGGAGAAAUAUUACACAAAGCUAUUUAAUCCUUUUGGAUCGACGAAAUCGUACGAACACGAAAAUGUUCGGAGUUCGAUUUUCAUAGCGGCAACUAAACCUAAAUGACCGUAAAUCUUCGCGCGAAAUGAAAACGUUGUGCAUCAGUUGUGCAAUGAACAGCUAUUCAAUGGCGAUUUAUUUCUCGUAAUUGACAAGUUGAAUUGGAAUAAUGCAACAGGUCUUAAAUUCUCCCGACGUUUGUACGGUUCCGUGUAAACCCAUAACAAUCGUAACAAAUAAAUCGAAGUUAUUCCACGAUCUCCAGAAAGCGAAUAAAACGUUUUGCACGAAAA